AUGGUGCUGCUGUCCGGAGACGCGAAGGGCGUCGGGGAAUGCCGGGCUCCCGCCGCGGGGAAGCCGCCGGCGCCGCCGCCCGGGCGGUCGGAAGGCGAGCCGGCGGAGCCCGAGUGGAGCCCCGCCGGCGGCCCCGCGGGCGCGGAGCCGGCGCCGGAGAGCGGCGACGAGGACGAGUUCGAGGAGUACGAGGACUUCUCGCAGCUGCCGGACACGCGCAGCAUCGCCUCCGACGACUCCUUCUACCCGCCGCGGGCCGACGACGAGGACGACUGGUCGCUGGGCGAGUCCGACCCGUGCGGCAGCCCGGAGCCGCUCUCGCUCUUCCGGGCCUGCUGCACCAACAACGCCCUCGCCGUGCGGGCGCUCAUCCGCCAGGGGCCCGAGGAGCGCGAGGUGCAGCAGGCGGACCGCAACAGGCGGACUGGCCUUAUUGUUGCCUGCUACCAAGGGUUUGUGGAUAUUGUCAUAGCCUUAGCACAGUGCCCUCAUAUCGAUGUAAACUGGCAGGACAAUGAAGGGAACACGGCUCUGAUUACUGCUGCCCAGGCAGGACAUAUCACCAUAACACAGUAUCUACUCAACUAUUAUCCUGGCCUUGAUAUUGAGAAAAGGAAUGUCUUUGGAUUUACUGCACUCAUGAAGUCUGCCAUGCAAGGUCGAACAGAAUGUGUCAGAGCAUUAAUGCUGGCAGGGGCAAACAUUAAUGCCACAGAUCCUGGCCGCGGAUUCACUCCUCAGGAAUGGGCGUGUUACACAGGAAGAGCAGAAGCUGCCUAUCUCAUGCAGAGACUCAUGGACAAGCCGCAUGCUGAGCAGUUUUGUGACCAGUAUGAGUUAGAAUGGCCCAAGAUGAAAGGACUCCUUGCCAAGGCUGCAGAGCCAAAAACCUGUCUGCAGAGGAUCUCAGAAGGUGUGCGGUCAGCAGUAUCUUUCAGAGCUUUCCAGGGGCCUGAAGAAGAUGGCGUCCUUGAUCAUAUGGUUAAGGCGACAACGAGUCUGAGGAGCUCUUUUGUUGCCAUUGCCUGUAGGACUGUGUGUCCUGGAAGUCCCCCGGGUGUAGGAAAACGCAGGCCUGCUGUGCAGGAAAUCCUUAGGAGACAAAGAGCCAGGGAACUUAGAUCUUUAGAGAACAGAGACCAUUUUGACAGCUAUGAGAAGCUAUUUCAGAACUCUAGAAUUACUUUAGUCUCCAAAAAGAAGGAGCGCCGAGCCAGCCUGCAGCCAUUCAGUCUCAGUGUACCUCAGGUGAGCAUCGUGGUUCCAAGGAAAUCCAGCCUGUUGCCACUGCAUUUGCUAAGACGGAGCAGCGUGCGCCCUGGCUUUGUUAUUCCCAAAGUCCGUGUCAACAAGGCCCCGCCGCCGACUUUCCAGCCGGAGAAUGUGAGGCGCAAAAGUAAUGCCAGUGAUGGGACCUACUUGCAGAUCCCUAAAUGGAGAUAUAAAGAGCUAAAGGAAGAAAGGAAGAAGGCAGAGGAAGAAGAAAAAGCAGAAAAGGCUCAGAAAGAGAAACAAGGGUCUCCACAGAGAAGCAAAACCUGAACAAAGAUUUGGAAUCAAGGCAGUGCCAUGGUUAUAAGAUGCAGGCCAGCACGUUGUAAUGGAGGGGAGGCAGGGGGAGAGAGAAGCCCAAAUUUAAAUGUUCUCUUGCAGAUCUGCUGACAGGAAAGGGCGUAUUCAGAAAGAUUUAGGGAAUCUGUGAACAGUUUUAAGAAAGACUGCUUCUUACAGAAAAUAGGAUCAGGGGUUAAUGGUUUAAACUUCCUAUGUUAAAAGAGUAAAAGUAUAAUCAGGCAACGUGAUACGCUUGCAAGAAAAUUGGU